AUGAGUGGUGAGGGUAAGGUGGUGUGCGUGACAGGAGCCUCCGGCUAUGUAGCAUCCUGGCUCGUCAAGCUUUUACUUCAGCGCCAUUACACUGUUAAUGCCACCGUUCGUGACCUCAGUGAUCCAAGUAAGAUUGCACACUUGAUGGAACUCGAAGGAUCUAAGGAAAGAUUACGUCUUUUCAAAGCCAACUUAAACGAAGACGGGUCUUUUGAUUCUGCAGUUGAUGGUUGUGAAGGCGUCUUUCAUGCAGCAUCACCUGUGUUCUUUUCAGUAACUGACGCUCAGGCACAACUAUUAGAACCUGCGGUCAAGGGAACACUUAAUGUACUUAGAUCAUGCAGAAAUGUACCAUCCAUCAAACGGGUGGUGUUAACAUCCUCUAUAGCUGCAGUUACGUCUGUCAAGAAUCCUCCAAGCCUUGAUGUUAUAAUUGAUGAAACAUGUUUUUCAGAUCCUGUAUUCUGCAAGGAAAAAGAGCUAUGGUAUGCCCUUUCAAAAACAUUGGCAGAGGAAGCCGCAUGGAAAUUUGCAAACGAAAAUGGCAUUGACUUGGUGGUGAUGAAUCCUGGCUUGGUAAUUGGUCCACUUCUUCAGCCAACUCUCAAUUUAACUUCUGAGAUCAUUUUGAACCUUGUUAAAGAAGGAAGGACGGAAUUUCCAACUUUUAGGUUUGUUGACGUUAGGGAUGUUGCUCUUGCACAUAUUCUAGCUACGGAGAAUCCUUCGGCUAGUGGCAGAUACUGUCUGGUUGGAACAGUGAUAUCAGCUUCAGAAGUUUUCAAUAUUUUACAGAAGCUUUAUCCUCAUCUCAACCAUCUUGAGAUUACUGCAGAAAAACAGCUUAAUAUCUACCCACUACCGAACAAAGUGUCCCAGGAGAACGCAAAAUUUUUGGGCAUCAGUUUCACUCCCUUUGAGGUUAGUCUAAAGGACAUUGUUGAAAGUCUGAAGGAGAAGAAUUUCUUAAGUUUCUAG